UGAGCUUUCUAUUUUAUGAGUCUAAAAUGGAUGAACGUUAACUCUUGAGUGGUUAUGCAAAGUAUUAAGUAUGUGUAUAUAAUAUAUGUUGGAUAUAUGACUAAUUACUUAACUGGUUAAUUUGGUUUGACUGAUUAGGAGUGUCUGAAACCAAACCAAACCACCUAAACCAAACAAGCUAAAAACUUUAACCAAACCAAACCAAUUAUCCUUAUUAACCAAACCAAAUUAUCCAAAUAGUACCGGUUAAAACGGUUACCAUGGUAACCAAACCGUUUGAACACUCCUAAUUCUCACUACUCUCUCGAAAGUAGAAACUCAUAUCAGAAGAAAAGAAAAAAAAACACAAACGACCUUAUCCUCUCUUCUCAGUUCUCUCCUGUUCCUCACCUCACCUCUCAUCUCGAUCUGCUUCUCUCCCUCUUUUUAUCUCUUCUGGUGCCGACCUGAAUUAAUCAUCGGAGAUAGACCGAGAUAGUGGCAUUGAGGGCGAUUGACGCCGACAAUGAUGGUCAGAGGCGGGAAUGGGAAGUCCCUCUCGGCAGAGAGGGACGAUGGAGGAGCAAGGGAAACAGAGGCCGGACGGCGACUUACGGUGAUUGAUCAGCGAGGACGGCCGGUGCCAUCUUCGGCGACGACGGAAACGACGGCGUCAACAACGAUCAGGGGGUUGUCUUUCGAUCAAGGGAAGGGAAAACGAGGAUCCCCGCAGGUCAAAGUCUUACCGGCGAUGGACGCGGCGGUGAGGGAAAUGGGAGAAAGGGACUCGCCGGCGCCGUUAUAGGAUCUCGCCGGCGACGAAGAUGACGACGGCAGGGUGGUGUCCCUGUGGUAAGUUUUUUAGGUUCUAAUGAAUCUUGUUUUGCUUUAGAUUUCUGGGUUUGGAUUUCGGAUUUGCUUCUUUUUGGGUUUUGAUUUUAUGGCCUCGGAAGCUAUUGGAAAAGGCGAGUACCGAGACUGCAACGCCGCCGAGGACAGUAGCGCCGGUGACAGGAUAAGGUAAGGGCUCGUUUUAUGCCUUCGAUUUUGACUCUACUUGAAGGGUUCUGACUUCUAUCCUAAAUUGAUGUGGGUAGGAGUUCUCAAGGUUGGAAAUGAAUGCUAUUGUGCAUUAGAAAAUGAUGUUUGGUAUGUUCUUUAGCUAUUAUUUUGGUAUGCUGAGUUUUAAUGUUUGAUUGUUUUAGGUUUAUGAUUUGGAAACCCAGAUUUUUGUUAAAAUGACAAUAGUUCAUAAACCUGAUAGCUACCUGAAGUCACUACUAUUGCGUGAGAUCCUUAGGAGCUUUCUGUCAUUUCUCAUGAAUGAUUUCGAUUCUUACGAUGUUGGGCUGAUAUAGGUAUAAACUUUGGGAUUGAUUAAGUUGUCAAAUUAGUGGUUUUUAUGAUGUAUGUAAAUCUGCAAUCUUUGUGCUCGUGGUGCUUGAACCUGGGAGUCUGUUUUGUGGUGUUCAUAGUAAUUUUUGGAUUUUGAAGUUUAUGGCUUGAAAAAUCAGAUGGAAAUUUUGUGUUUAUAACUGGAAUUUUGUGCGAAUAUGGUAUCUUUCAAAUAUGAGAUUUCUAUAAGUUUAUUGUAGCUUAUGUGUUUUGAUGUUAGCAUAGUUGUAUAUGUGGUGGAAAGCUAAGUAAAACUACUAAAACAAAACACAUAUAGGAAACGUGUAGCUUCUAACAUGUGAUAUGAUUGAUCAGUGGAAAUACUGAUAAGUGGAAACAAUGAAGUAGAUGACAAAAGCUAAUAUAUAGGUAUAUAAAGAACUAUAAUGAACUUGUAAAGAAAGCAAGCAAAAAUCUGAUUUGUUUGUUUAUUUUGUUAUCAUGCUGGAUUGCUUUUAGAGAUCUAAGUCGACUUGUACCGAAAAAGUUAGUCUCCUAACAGGCCAUUUUGUUAGGAGAUACUGAUAGGGUCAGAUUUUGGGCCACGUGUGCUUGGGCUUCAUCCAAUGGAGGAGAGUGGUGGCUCACUUAAAUGUGCUGGAGAUAGGCUUCCGUGUAGAAGCCGGCCCAGCGUGCGACGCAGAAGGCGAGCCGAGUUCGUGGCGUGGUGGGCCCGGCCUCAGUUUGGGCGGGAUUUUGGGUUGGAGUGGAAAGCGUGGUGGGCCCGGCUUCAGUUUGGGCGGGAUUUUGGGUUGGAGUGGAAAGAGAAUGAAAUUUUUGGGCCCCA